AUGGCUCAAUACAAAUACGAAUAUCUUGUCACAGUCCAUGAUCAUCCUGGGCUUCUUGCAACGCGUUUGGCCGCGAGGAAAAGGCAUCUUGCGAAGCUUGCGCCACGUAUCAACGCUGGUCAAAUAGUGUUUGGUGGUGCGAUCCUCGCAAAAGAGCCGGUAGAAAACCAGGACCCAGAGUUCACAGGUAGCGUGAUGCUUAUAAAGGCGAAUAGCAAGGAGGAGGUUAAGGAGAUCAUUUUGGAUGACGAGUAUGCAAAGGGAUUGUGGGACUUGAGCCAACUUGAUAUUAUACCCUUUCGGUGUGCGGUGCGCACUGCGAUCUAG